AUGGGAACAAAAAUAGUAGGAUUAUUUUGGAUUUGUUUAUUCUUCUUUAGUUUUGCAGGAGUACCAACAUAUACAAUGAUAAAUCUAUGUAUAUAUUUAGAAGAAGAUGAAGGUAAGAAGAAUUAUUUACUGGCAAUAAUUAUAAGUGUGUUUUAUACAUUAAUUUAUUUGGUGUAUACAUUAUAUCAUAAAGAACUUUUGACAUUAUUCAUAUUGAAUUUACACUAUUUUGCUUAAUUGAAUGAAGAUAGAAAUUAAGAUCGAUAGAUAUUGAGUUUUCCAAGUGCAAGAAGUUAAAAGAAGUUUAUUUAUUCAAUAAAAGAGAAAAUGAAUAAAAAUAAUAUAUUAGAAUAUCCAUAAUAAAUGAUGAAGAUUUCAAGCACUUAUUAUUUACCAGAUGAAUUAGUUAUGAGAAGACAUUAAACAGAAGUUAAUGUAAUUUAAAAUAAGUAAGCUACAAUAACUGAGGUAGCAAUUUAAGAAGCUCCAAUGAAAUAAUGUUUUAAUUGUUUUUAAAGAUAAAGUUGUGUAGUAUAUAUGCCAUGUGGUCAUGGAGGAAUGUGUUAAGAAUGCGCUAUAUAAUGGUUUGAAUAAAAUAAAGAAUGUCCUAUUUGUAGAAGUGUAAAUAUUUAUAUUUAUUCUGAAUUAGAAAAGUAAAGCUAUACUCUUAAUAGAGUAGAUUGAUGAUUAGACAGUUAAGGUUGUUGAAAUUAUUGCUUAAAAGUGA